UCAGAAUACGAGUAAGGGGGGAAAAAAUAACGCUUUGAGGUCCUGGCUUGUUUGCCAUUGGGUGGCCAUCUUGGAAGGAAGGAGCUUUAACCAAAAGCGACAGACAGAGGUCGGAGGAAUGAAGCUGUCAGAGAGCACCUCAUUCCCAGGCCCGUAACACAACUGUUUUACUCAGACUGGUCGAAAAGGAAAGUUGUAGUGCUUAACUGUAGUUAUUUGUCACACAAAGGGACCGUGGUUGGAUAGUCAGGGCCUUGUGGGGGGAUUUUUUUUUCUUCAGUCUAGCCGGACAUCCGAAAUGUGAAUCAGAGAGCCACAGACGGUCCAUCGUGCUGCUAGUUUAGGUGCUGCUCUUAUCGGGAAAUUCAGUUCAACUAGCUAAUGGCUCGACACCGACGUUGGAUUAAAACAACAUUUUCACCUCGGGGACCCAGUCUGUAGCCUGGACAUUAUUCCAGUGUGAAGUUUUUACCCAAGUUUGCGCUGACGGUGCUCUUCAAUAGCUCAGUCCAGUAAUGGUGUAGACAGUUGUAGACAUUAUUACACGUUAAAAACAUCGGUGCGGCAAAAUCGUCUGAUUUAAACUUGUAAUCCAGCCUCGAUUCAGCGAUACAAUGUCAACAAAAACAGCACUACCAUCCGUCAACGAGCGGAAAACUGAAAAUCACACAUCUAAUGGCCACGGCCGUAUGGAGGGGGCCUCUCGGUCUGUAAGGUCGGGUGGCCGAAACCGUAAUUCAGGCAAUUCAAGCUCUGAAGAUCAGAAUCCUCAUAUUGGGAAUUACCGGCUCCUGAAAACCAUUGGAAAAGGCAACUUUGCCAAGGUUAAACUGGGUCGUCACAUCCUCACAGGCAGAGAGGUGGCAGUAAAAAUUAUUGACAGGACCCAACUGAAUCCAACAAGCCUUCAAAAGCUCUUCAGGGAAGUUAGAAUAAUGAAGAUUUUAAACCACCCAAAUAUUGUAAAGCUGUUUGAGGUGAUUGAGACAGAAAGGAAUCUCUAUCUUGUGAUGGAGUAUGCCAGUGGAGGUGAAGUGUUCGACUACCUUGUUACUCAUGGCAGGAUGAAGGAGAAAGAGGCCAGAGCUAAAUUUAGACAGAUCGUAUCAGCUGUGCAGUACUGUCACCAGAAACACAUUGUUCACAGAGACUUGAAGGCUGAGAACUUGCUGUUGGAUGCUGAUAUGAACAUAAAGAUAGCAGAUUUUGGUUUCAGCAACCAGUUUACAAUGGGGAAUAAGUUAGACACGUUCUGUGGCAGUCCUCCAUACGCUGCUCCUGAGCUCUUUCAGGGCAAGAAAUAUGACGGGCCUGAGGUUGAUGUCUGGAGUCUGGGAGUCAUACUGUACACUCUGGUUAGCGGAUCACUUCCUUUCGAUGGCCAGAACCUCAAGGAACUGCGAGAACGUGUGUUAAGAGGUAAAUAUCGAAUUCCCUUCUACAUGUCUACAGACUGCGAGAAUCUCCUCAAACGUUUCCUCGUGCUGAACCCUGCGAAGAGAGGAACACUAGAGCAAAUCAUGAAGGAUCGUUGGAUCAACUCCGGUUCAGAGGAGGAUGAGCUCAAACCCUACAUUGAACCAGAGGCUGACAUCUGUGAUGUGAAGAGAAUAGAUGUGAUGGUUGGUAUGGGCUACACCAGGGAGGAAAUUCAAGAGUCUUUGUCCAAGAUGAAAUAUGAUGACAUCACAGCCACCUACUUACUGCUAGGGAGGAAGGUCAAUGAGGAGGGGAAUGAUUCCAGCACCAGCAGCAACCUCUCUGUGGUGAAAAACAGGCCUGCUAGUGAGAUGAAUGGCCAGUCACCAGCUCACCAGAAGGUCCAGAGAAGUGUCUCGUCCAAUCAAAAAACUAGACGCUACAGUGACCAAGUGGGCGGUGUAAACACCGGGUUGAGUAACGUUAAGAGGCCCAUUCCCAGCACAGCAGACGUUAACACUAAGCAGGAUGGAGGAGUUGUAGUCCGUAAGGCUCCAUCACAAAGCCCCCCUAGCCCAUUACUGGGUAAUGCAAAUAACCCUAACAAAGCAGACAUACCUGACCGCAAGACAGGGAACUCUCUUACUCCUAAUAAUAACUCUGGAGGAUCUGGAGGAAUGGGUCGGAGAAACACGUAUGUGUGCAGUGACAGGAACAAUACAGAUCGCCUCGCUGUUGUUCCCAAUGGAAAAGAGAACAGUGCGUCUUUGUCUCCUGAUAAGCGGAACCCAGGAGCCUCCACUCACAGCAUCAGCAAUGCUGCUACUUCUGAUAAACUGCGAUUUCCACGAGGUACCACGAGUCGCAGCACCUUUCAUGGGCAGGUGAGGGAGCGUCGCACUGCAACGUACAACGGGCCACCAACCUCACCCACACAGCCCCGCAGCCGUGCCAACACCAACAACCUCCUCACUAAGCUCACCUCGAAACUCACACGCAGAAACAUGUCAUUCAGAUUUUCCAAAAGAGUCUCAACCGAGUUUGAGAGAAGCGGGAGAUUUGAGGGCACAAGUCGCCAUGUACCUGGGGAUCAGCAAAAAGAUGAAGGGAAAGAUGGAAAAGACGGGAAACCCCGCUCUCUCCGUUUCACCUGGAGUAUGAACACCACCAGCAGCAUGGAGCCAGCCGCCAUCAUGAACGAGAUCCGCAAAGUUCUAGACGCCAACAACUGCGACUAUGAACAGCGUGAACACUUCCUGCUUCUCUGUGUCCAUGGCGAUGGACAUGCCGACAGCCUUGUCCAGUGGGAGAUGGAGGUCUGCAAACUGCCCCGUCUCUCACUCAACGGUGUCCGUUUUAAGAGGAUAUCUGGGACAUCCAUUGCUUUUAAAAACAUUGCUUCCAAAGUUGCCAGUGAGCUCAAGCUAUGAAUGUCUAUCAUCUAUUCAUGUAGAAGAAAAAUGAAAGUGUUAAAUCCUAUAUAGAGUAACAAAGCUGUACAAUCACAAACGUAGCAGUUUGCAAAUGUAUGGGUUUUUUUAACAAACCACUUAACCUAUGUACUUCAAAUGUAUAGACUUUAACAUUGCUAAAAGCAAUAAUUUAUGUGCCACAAGUUGCUAAACACUGUAAAAGAGAAUUGAUUUGAAUCUUUUGGUUAAGAAUGUGCACGUGUAGAUACACACUAUCCUCUAUAGAGUGACGAUUGUCAAGAUGUGGCCUAAAAGUGUAAAACCAGAGAUACUUUAUUCCUCUUCAGGCAGUGUUGCAAUGCUAUAGGUAUUUGGUGUUAUGAGCAGCCUGUGUGUAAAAGGCUAUGUAAAAAUCUUUGAAGAGCCAAAAUGCUUUUAAAUUGCUUGUGUUAUUCUGCACAUCAGUCAAGUUUGUUAUCAAAGUUCUUUGCUUGUACUUGAAUGUGAUCGAGCUACCCAAUUUGAGUUCACCUUCAUUGUGUGAAUGCUGCAAGACUGAAGUAAAAAGUUUUAUUUAUUUUAUGCCCAUUUCCCACUUGUAAAUAAUGCACCUUUUGAUUUGAUUACAUUGUCAUUCUCUUACUCAAGAGCUCUAAUGUGUUAAAGGGCUACUUGUUAUUGCUUGCAGUUAUGGAUUAUAUUAAAACAGCUGUACAUGA